AUGGCCAGUGGUAUACUGGCAAAUGCAAGCGGUUGCAUUAUCAUAAAUUGCAAAUCCAUAUUUUCACCAAUCCAGAUUUUAUCGCGUGGCAAAACUGAUUCAGCAAGUUCACGUCAAGCAGUUAGUGGCUCACUUGCCAAGCGGUUGCCCAACUCAUUGGAGGAUUUCAUUUUGAAGCGUGACUACACCGGCGCGAGGGCGUUUCUUGAGUUCUCAGGCGAAGAUGAAGACGACGAGCAGCACUUGAUAACUGAUCAGUGGAUAGCCUUCUGUAGCUUCCAUUUGGGAGACUAUCAACAGGCGCUACAACAAUACAAAAGCAUAAGAAAUGUUGAGCCUGCGACGGAGGACAUAGCGCUCAACAUUGCCGUUUGUAUGUUCUAUUUGGGAAUGUAUGAAGAGGCACAUCGAUUGAUUGAACAAACACCGAAUACACCCCUGAAGGUGCGUCUACUCUUUCAUCUGGCACAAAAAUUCGGCAAUGAGGCACAGUUGACGCAAUUGCAAGCAUCACUGCGGGUAGAUGUGGAAGAUCAGUUAAGUCUGGCAUCGAUGCAUUAUUUGCGGGCACACUAUCAAGAUGCAAUCGAUAUAUAUAAACGAUUACUGUUGGAUAAUAAAGACUAUUUGGCCAUCAAUGUCUACUUGGCAUUGUGCUUCUACAAGCUGGACUACUAUGACAUGUCACAAGAGGUGCUGGACGUAUAUCUGACUAAGCAUAAAGACAGCACCAUUGCCACUAAUCUGAAAGCGUGCAAUCGUUUUCGACUGUUUAAUGGACGCGUAGCCGAACAGGAGAUACAAAAUAUUGCAGACAAUGGCACUUUCGGCGCCGAUUUGAUACGCCACAAUGUGGUUGUGUUUCGCAAUGGCGAGGGAGCAAUGCAAACAUUUCCGGCACUCUUGAAUAUCGUGCCAGAAGCACGUCUCAACUUGGCCAUAUACCAUUUGAAGAGUGACAAUGUGCAGGAGGCACAUGCGCUAAUCAAAGAAUUGCAGCCCACUGUGCCGCAUGAGUACAUACUCAAGGGUGUGGUACAUGCAGCGCUGGGUCAGCAAAUCGGUUCGAAGGAGCACAUAAAAACCGCUCAGCAGAAUUUGCAUUUAGUUGGCAGCUCGGCAACGGAAUGUGAUACUAUACCCGGCCGUCAGAGCAUGGCUUCGGCUUUCUUUCUCUAUGCGCAGUUCGAAGAGGUGCUGGUCUAUAUGAAUUCCAUACGAAGUUACUUUGUGAACGAUGAUACUUUCAACUACAACUAUGCGCAAGCCAAAUGCGCUACUGGUUAUUACAAAGAAGCCGAAGAGCUGCUUAUGCAAAUUACUGACAUGGAUAUUAAGAUUCAACACGCCUAUUGCAUGAUUAUAGCCAAGUGUCACAUACAUGCCGGGCGUCCUGAAUUGGCUUGGAAUGUUUUUAUCACACGCGACACAAAUUCUGAGGCCUUCUUAUUACUGCAACUAAUUGCCAAUGAGUGCUACAAAUGUGAGGAAUUUUGGGUGGCUGCAAAGGCCUUCGACAUGCUAGAAAAGCUCGAUCCAAGUCCUGAAAAUUGGGAAGGUAAACGUGGUGCAUGCGCUGGCGUGCUUUAUGCUUUGGCUUCGAAAGCCGAUAAAGGUUGUCCACCGAAUGGCGUUUCAGAUGUAAUUGGCUUGCUACGCGACUCAUCCAAUCCGCAAGCCGAUAUGAUGGUAAAAGUUAUACGUAAACAUAUAAAUAGUUUGAGAUGA